AUGCGGCGACCGUUCUUGCGAGGGAUUCCGCACGAGGAUACGGGAUCCGAUCCUGAGCUCGGUGAGGAGAAAGUCCCUGAUUGCGCUAGGCUCGAUGGUAUCCCUCAAAAGAUUGAGAUGCCGUGGAGAUCAUCGUCAAGAUCUCUGGCUCGGGAUGGUCGAUCGGGGAUGACCGAAGAUAUAGUCAUCGCUUUGCGGGAGAGGGUGGGAAUCAGUGACGCGGUCAAGAUUCUCGUUCCCUUACCUGACCAAAGGCCGAUGGACGCUCCACCUGGAUGGUUUUGCCUCUACGAAUGCUUCCUCACGGAGUUUGGAAUACGUUUUCCGUGCGGCAUAUGGUCUUCUCGGACCGCUCUGGCGAAGGCAGCCGGGAUGAAGCUAGACAGGGAGCUCUUUGAGCGUAUAACUGAUCUUCGUGCUGGGGUUAAGGAAGGAGGUUUCAAGCGUUUCCACACAUCGAUGAAACAUGACAUCGUUUUUGGUGAUCAUCGAACGAAGAUUCAUCACUGGACGCGCUACUACUUUUUUGUCAAGGUCGACCGUGCUUCGGUCGGGGAUUUCGAUCCUAGAAGGAUUGUCCCAAGGAAAGUAAAUACUACUCUAAAGGAGAAGUUUAGAACUUUACGCGACUUGAGUAGAGAGACUUGGGCGGAUGCGUUUGCCGAGACCGAAAGGAAGAAGAAGGAAAAGAAAGGAAAGGCUAUUGCUAUAGCGAUUCCUCUCCCUGAUAAGUUGCCGGGUGUUGCUAGGAAGACAGGCUUAAGGAAAAGGGCUCCGGCUUUGGUGGAUGAUGAUAUCCUGAUUUCUGAUCCUUUAUCCAAGCGGAUGAGUGGCGAUUUCUCUUCUCGGACUGUCGCGGCUUCUACUGGUCAGGGCGGGGAUAUGAGUAUCCUGGAGUCUGGAGGUGACGGGGUGACGGAUUCCGUCGGGAUAGACUCCGAUGCUGUCUCCUUUAAGUGGAAAGGUGGUGCUCCUUUAAUGGAUAAUGGCGACUUUAGUGGAGAGAUGGUUUGGGGUUGCAAACCUAAGCCAUGCUGGGGGGUUCCGCGUGGUGAGCUUGAGUUCAAGGGUGCUUUCGAUGAGGCUUCUAAUAAUCUUAUUAGAGCCGGAGGGAAGUUUGCUGCGUUGAUUCAACUUUAUGACGGAACGCUCAAGGGUGCUCGGAGCGGAGUUGAUCAAAUUAAAGCCGAUUUGUUUGAUAACUUUGAUGGUGAUGCGGCUGCAGUUAGGUUUCGAGAAGAAAGAUUGCUUUUGAAAAGAAGAUAG